GGCCGGCGGACCGAGACGGAUGCGAGAGGUGCGCGUAUUUUUUAACGUAUUUCAUUUUUCUCUCCGAAUAUUUGUUUUAAAUAACAAAAAAAGGACCGCACUACGUAUAUAGUACUGUAUAUUAGAUUUUAUAGUCGCGUCACGGCGCAUUUCGAUACAGAAAUAUUUGGAACAGAAAAAAAAAAAAAACGUCGUCAUUUAUUAUGCGGAGAGCAACACGGCAUCAUCGCGUGAGUACACACUGUAUAAUAACAACAACAAUAGCACAAUAUUAUUAUGCUAUAUUAUUCCGAUGCUUGUACCGAAAAAUGGCGUUUACCGCGGGUGCAGUAUUAUUAUUAUGAAAACCGUCGAGGUCGUCCCCGCACUGCACCGGUGCGAUAUAAUUGUUGCAGCGACGAUUAGGUGAUUCGGUCAGUCUUUAUUGUGAUGCGUUUUUUUUUUUACCUUUUUCGCCGGUCAUUGUGUCGUAAAAAAAAAAAAACAGGUAGGUACCUGGGUAGGCUCAUAUAUAUUAUUAUUACGAUGAUAUGACGGGUAUUGUAUUAAAAUAUAUCGCGUGUAAAAUAAUAAUUUUUUUUUUUUUAUAUUACGAAACGUCCGAUGAGGCACUGCACGCCUCAUAUAGCUAUAUACAUACCCGUGAUGAUGAUAAUACUUAUUAGGGCCGCUGUUAUUAUUAAGAUAUUAUUUUAAUAUUAUAAUUAUUUCGCAAGCGAUUUUGACGACACGAAAUAUUCGGUUUCGAUAUUCCUCUGGAAAAAAAAAACGAACCAACGAAGCCGCCACCUGUUGACUGCAGCGUUAGGUUCCAGUGUUAGUGUAUAAAAAAAUAAAUACCACUGCAGAUAGCAGUAUCUGUAGGAACGCCGCCCGUUAAGUUAGGGUGACGAACAGUAUGACCCGACCCCCUAAAAAAAAACCGCUAGUUUUAUUUCAUUAAAACGUGUCUGUUAUUUAUGACGUCACUCAUCGCUUUGAGUUUGUCGGGGCGAGGUGCAAAUCAAAAAAAAUUAAAUCCUUUUAUAAAUCUUUCGUUCGAGUACAUUUUGGAUUCUGAGUAUAGUUUUACAAAGAUGUUUAUUUUUUUUUUAUGUAAACACUUUUUCUGAAUGGAAAUGUUCUCUGGAUGGUACUUUAGAGAGGUAUUUUUUUUUUGAAAUUCUCAUUAAUAUACAAGAUAAUAAAGAAACCUGGUUCUUUAGGUUAAAAAAGAUUUAAAGAUGAUUAAUAAUAAGGUUGUCAUUAGCAACCGUAUUUAUUUAUUUUUGUCAUUAUCAAAUUUUUUUUUUAAUUUUAAUCUUUUUUAAACAAUCAUUUUUUCCAUGAUAUGACGUAUAUAUUCUUGACAAAGCAACACUAUGAACUGAACUCCACUCAAAAUCGUUUUUCGUUAGUAAUGGUUUAUUGUUGCUUACAGAUAUACAUUAACUUCCCAACUUCCCACCAACAACAGUGGCUGCACCCACGUGAGAAGUAUGUCCGUCCUUUGUUUACAAUUUGUACAAUAUCAUAACACUAACUCUUAAUAAUAUCAUAAAAAGGUCUGUGUGAAACAGGAGCGGAUAUGCCUACCGGGAUACCAGAAUUUUCCCGAUGGGUUGCUAAUAAUAUUGACGAAAAUGGGCCGAUGAAAAAUACUCCUAUUAUACAAUGAACAUAAACACGAAUAUUCAGAGAUAACAAAAAAUAGAAUAAUAACAGUAUAUUAUAUUUAAAUCUAAUAUAAAUCACAAUAAAUUAUCACUCUGUCCACAGUCUACGUUAUUCACGGGUGACUUCAGCAGUGUUACGUGGUCACAAUGUCGACUGACCGUCAUCACUAAUUUUUAUCUUGGAAUAAUUUAAAUUUUAUUUUUAAAUUUGACUCACAGAUGAGCUGUCAACAACUAAUAUGAAUAAAAGUAUCUCUACGUGUAUCUUACUCAGUUGUCGAACACAGACGUUACAGUAAAAUGUUUUUUAACUAUAUUCACCGGGUACAUUAUGUUUUUGGCUUUUCGUUGUCAUUUGGUAUACCGAGUGUUCUACAGUGUUAAUAAAUUUGUCAAUUUCCGUUUUUUUUACAUAUUUUUUUAAAAUUAUAAUAAUUAUAAUAAUAAUCCUACUUCAUCAGGAUACACUCCCUGCUUCAAAUGCCUAAACACCACACCUCUAAUGGGUUUAAUAAUCCCCUCCACCAUGCUUUUGGUUUUCUCAAUGCUGCUUAGUUCGGGUCUAUUCGACAAUUUCCCUUAGAUUUAAAUUAUCCCGCAGCUGUUAUCCCUGUCACCUAGUCCUUGUUAACCUAAAGAUCACCUUGCACAAAAUUGCCUGCAAAACAUGUUUCGGCGUUUAAAUUAAUUAGGUUAAUAAUAAACAAUCCAUGUGGCAUGGCCAAACCGCACAUCGCAACUAGUUUGAAGUUUACAAUUACUGAUAAACGCCGCUUAUUUAAGUAAGCAUAUUUGUAUACAUUGAUUUUGUAUACAUAUUUGAUUCUUAGAUAUAAUCAUGUGGGUCGUUCGAUUCUAUUAUUCGUGGGCCAGUCAGAUCAUGUCUAUCUGCCACUGAAAUAUUCACAGUGUGAAAUAUUAAUUAAUCAAACGCGUAGUGAUACGGAACGCAACACGUCUAUAAUAAUACAUAUAAUAACACAUUAUAUACGAAAUUAAUUUUUCAUAGAUUAAUCGUCGUCGAUGUUGAAUAGAAAAGAAUCAUUGGGUGUGUAGUCAUAAUAAUGUGCACGUAAUCAGAAACUAAAACAUAUUGCUGAGAGAAACACUUUUUUAUUAUUAUUAUUUAUUUAUUUAUUUAUUUUUUUUUUUACGACAAAUUAGCUAGCGUGUGUGUGCAUACAGUGUAUCCAUUGUAUGGACGUAUAUAUAUAUAUAUAUAUAUAUAGAGAGAGAGAGAGAGAGAGAGCGAGAGAGAAAGAGUCAAAUUAAUUAUACCCCUGCAAUAAAAAAAAAAUACGAGAUAUAAAUAAUAUUGAGAAUUCUUCCUCGUUCGACCAGAUAUACCCACUCCUUUUCUUCUUUAAAUAAUACGUUUGUUUAGUACUCGUCCCGAAUCGACAAUGAGGAUCCCACUUUUUCUCUCAACUGUUUUUUAGCCAUUCAAUAUAGUACCACGUUCCUAUAAUAUAUUUUCUGAAUUUAUUGUAUCGCACGACCCGCAAAACUAUUCUGUAAAUGCCAUUUGGUAUAUAUCAAUUAAAAUAAAAUAUAAAAUAUAAAUAUAAAAAACUGACAUGUCAAUUUGUCUGUUGUCUAUAUCGAUUUGUUUUAUGAUUGUCUGUCAUCUAUUACGUAAGUAUACAUUAAGCCACCACUCAGACUCUGUGUGCACAUCGGUUACGAAGCAAUAACGAAAAUAAAAACAAAAUAUCAUUUUUUUCGUGGUAACAAAUUCGAUUUAAACAGGAAUACAUUACGACUUACGAGAUUAAUAGUGAAUAAGUGAAUUGAAUAAAUUAUAAAUUAUUAAAAUAUUUUAUGAUUUGAAAAUUAUCGGAUGAAUGUGGUGUGCCGAGUUCACGCACGGAACACUUUUGUCUGUGUAGUAAUAUUAUAUUUAUUCCGCUGUCGUAAAAUAUUUUUUUUAUUGGCAAACAACAGUAAUUCGAUUACGUGUGUGUGACAAAUUUAAAUUUGAAAAAUGCCCAUACGUGAUGGGUUACAUAUUAUCAGUGGUGUUCCCAUCAAUUUUUAUAAGAAAAUACUAAAAUAUAACAUCCCAGAUAUGCCUUGCGUGAAAUAUUUUAUAUUCUUCUUAUAGUUUAUACUUUAUACUGUUUUUAGAUAAAUAUGUAUCAAUUAUAUAAAAAUUAAAAUAAAACAUUUUUAAGCACAAGUAUGUAAAUCGUCCAUUUUUUAGUAAUAAUUACUGAAAUAGCUAACAUUUGUAUUAUUACUAAUACGGUUUUAGCAACAACAAUUAUUACUAAAUAUAAAAGUUAUAACAAUAUUUACCCUUAUAUUUGGACGGGCCAAACAAAACAUUUUUUUCUCGGGCGUGUCUUUAUAUUUUAUUUAUGGGGUGGAACAAUACCGUCGAUUCUUAUUUCGUGAAAAAAAAAAAAAUGGCCAGUUCACGAGCAGCGAUUUUAGGUGAAUAUCGCAAUCGGUGUGUAUUUUAUUAUUUAUACGGUUUAAAUAAUUAUCGUUGAACUAAAAUUUGCAUAAAUAUUAAUCAUCAGAAUGUAAUAAGAAAUAAACAAGAUAUUUGAAAUGGAGAAAAUCAAUAUUGACAAGUUAUUAGCAGCGAAACGUACAAACUUACAAACCAGUGAUUAAUCGUCAACCUGAAAUUCCCUUGAAAAAUUGGUUUUUCGCACAAUCUUUUGCGUUAUGACUUACGCGACUAAUUAAGUUUUUCAAUCUUUGUCUUUCUUUGUAUCGACUAUAGGACCUCAAUUAUUCUUUAUUAGAUUCUGAUGAUUGAUCUUCGUGUAAUUUUUUGUUCAGCUAUAAUUUAAAACGAAAAAUAAAAUAAAAUGUAUACAAAUUAUUACAUUACUCACCUAAAAUUGCUGCUCGCAAACUGGAAUUUCAUUUUAUUUUAUUUUUUUUUUUUGAAAUAAGAUUCGAUUGUAUUUCUGCACCUGCACAAAUGAAACAUAAAAAUACGCCCACAAAAACAAAUUUUUUUUAGGGAACACCGCUGCAUAUUUAUAAGUGCAAAAUAUUUUAAAAUUCGUUUAUUAAAAUGUUUAAUUCGUAUUUAGAAAUCGGCUGUAUUAUCGCGGUCAUUGUCGACGGAGGCGCCACCUGCGUGCAAAGAAUUCAACGAAAUCCCGGGACCGAAAUCGUUGCCUUUCAUUGGCACCCUAUACCAAUAUUUGCCGGUAUUCGGUAAAUACGAAUUCGACCGGCUCCACCGGAACGGUUUGGCGAAAUUUCGGCAGUACGGCCCAGUCGUCCGGGAAGAUAUAGUGCCCGGCGUUUCCGUGGUGUGGAUAUUCAAACCGGAAGACGUGAAAACUUUGUACCAAAACGAGGGCAGACACCCAGAGAGACGCAGUCAUUUGGCGUUGCAGAAAUACAGACUGGACAAACCCGACGUGUACAACACCGGCGGACUGUUGCCCACGUGAGUCGUAUAAUAUAAAAUAUACAGGGUGAUUGUUUUGUUGGAGAAUUUUGGGGGAACUCGAUAUUGGUGUUUUCGUCGCCUUUAUAAUCCGCAAAUGAACAGCGAAUAUAAUAUGCACAAUAUAUAUUUAAUUAAAUUCGAUUAUAUUAUAGAAACGGUUCGGAUUGGUGGAGAAUCAGGAAGGCGUUUCAAAAACAUUUGAGUAAAGUUCAGUGCGUCAAACAGUACGUAAACAGCACGGACACGGUCGUUGGGGAAUUCGUGGAGCAGAGAGUUAAGCGAAAAAACCAUACGCGUGAUUUUGGUCCCGAACUUUCCAGGCUCUUUCUCGAACGUCAGUUUCCGUUACAUAAUUAAACUAGGAACCUAAUCAAAUUAUACAGCACGAAUUCUAAAUGUCGGUGUUAUAAUAGUGACGUAUUAUGCCGCGUUCGACAAACGACUUCAGCGGUUUAAAGACGAAGAAUGGCAUUGCAAUUCAGAGUGUUCCAGACUGAUUCGGGCGGCGCAAGACAUAAACAGCGCGAUACUAAAGACCGAUAACGGACCGCAGUUGUGGAGGCGUUUCGACACGCCCAUGUACAGAAACAUAAAAAAAGGACACGAACACAUUGAGAAGUAAGUGCAUUUUUCAUUGUUUUAGUUUUUAAUUGAAUAUUUUGUAAACGUUUACCGUUUAGACAAUACCAAUAAUUAAAAACGAUUGAAUUUAUUUCUCUGAAGAAUUGCUAUAAAGGCGAUAAACGAAAAACUAACCGGUAUACAAGCCAGUACCACGGAAUCGUGUAAAUCUUCGUUGCUGAACGAAUAUUUGCGUUCAGACGACACGGACUUCAAAGACGUUGUAGGAAUGACUGUCGACACUCUAUUGGCUGGAGUUGACACGGUAAUAUUAUAAUAUUGUUAUACUAAACAAUAUUUUAUUCGUUUCCGUCCACUGUUUGGCCGGUAGUUGAACGAUUUUAAUUGUUACCGGUUUUUUAAAACCACAAUAUAGGGUACGUAUUCUUGUUGUUUCGGACUGUAUUAUUUAUCGACUAACCCGGACGCACAGCGAAAAAUGUACGCCGAAGCGAGGGCUUUGUUACCGGAUACCGAUACCGCGGUAACCGAAACGGUUUUAGAACGGGCCACGUACGCGAAAGCCGUGAUCAAAGAAAUGUUCCGGAUGAAUCCGAUCUCGGUGGGCGUCGGCAGAGUGUUGCCCACAGAUUGCUCGUUUUCGGGGUACAGAGUACCGGCGGGAGUAAAUACUUAACAUAAUAUUUCGAAGAUAUUUUCUAGAUAUAUUCGAUGUUAUAUUAUAUUGGAAACCGUUUGAUGUGUAUAUUAUUCUCAGACGGUGGUUGUCACGCAAAACCAAGUGAGCUGUCGUUUAGACGAGUACUUCCGGCGUCCCGACGCUUUCGUACCGGAAAGAUGGUUAAAAGACAGCGUCGAAUACGAGCCGGUCAGCCCGUAUCUGGUCCUGCCGUUCGGCCACGGUCCCCGAACGUGUAUAGCCAGACGAUUGUCCGAACAGUUUCUCCAAGUCAUACUUAUCAAGGUAUGAAAUCGCCAUCAAUAUCCUAGUGAAAUACAAUCCGUGGUGAAACGAACGUGAUCUUUGAGAAAAAGUUACUUUUCGAUUUUAUUUAAAAUUUAGAGAUAGAGGUGGGUGCUCGGUAUGAAAAAAAUUAAAUAUUAGUACCCAUUACUUGUUUAAUAAAAAUGUAGUUGAAACUAUUGUGAUAUAUUUGAAAAUAUUGUUGGAUACUGGGUAGAGUAUAGGUUACUUCUGAAAUAUUUUAGGUUCGUUUCACCACUGAAUACAAUAUUUUAUCAUGGUAUUAUAAAUGUACAUUAUAACUUCUUUCAGAUUGUCAGAAAUUUCAAAAUGACGUGGACGGGACCGAAACUGGACUGUAAAUCGUUAUUGAUAAACAAACCGGACGGACCGAUUUGUAUAAAAUUCAAACCGAGAACUAAAUAAUUAUUAUGGUUUCACAUGAUGAAGAUGUACAUUACUUACGUUUAAAUAAAUAGUUUUCGAAAAAUUAUAGUUUUCGCGGAAGUUUUUGUAUAGGCAACUCUAAUGGUUCGAGCUGAAAUACAUUUUAACGAGCCAAUAAAUUAACGUCUUC